UUAUAAGACUUAUAAAUGCAGAAAAUUAAAACCAGGAACAACUCAUCUCUGCUCAUUUUGGCACUGUUAGUCUGCUGCCUUCUAACUUUUACAUAUGCAGAUGAAGCCACUACAACAACCACAAGAAUCCGCAACAUACCAAAAAUAACAAAAUCACGAGCAAUUGCUCUAGAAAAAGCAAAAGCAACCACCACUACUACAACUACAACGACACCACCACCUCCCACACAAGCAGCCAUAGAAGAGACUACAACCGGUAUAAAUGAUAUUUGUAUUCACGGUAUUACAGCCGUGAUAGGAAAUUCCGAAGAGGAGGAGACAAUUAUAAAGACGCAAAAUGAUUUGGUACAAAUAAUAGAGGGCGAUAUAAUGAUAAGUGUCAUUACGAAGGAUACAAUAUCAGCCAUGUUUGUGAUAAAUCGUUUGAAUGUAGCAAAUCUACUGGAGGCCAAUUUUGAAAUAGGCAUUCGUGCUAUCGCUAUAGACAGCGAUCGCUUGGUGGAGAAUCUCCUAUUACAAGAGGUGGAAUAUCAACAACAAUGCCUGACUCAUGCUGUGGGCAUUUUCAUUGAUUUCGAUUAUUAUAAUAUGCUGGGGGAUGUUAUCAAAGAGUUGGAUUAUUUUAUUUGGCCUAUACCUUCAACACGUGCUGAUAUUUUUCCCAAAGUCGCUCAUUUACUCUAUCAAAUGCCUUGGGGUGAUCAAAUUGCUUCAGUGGAAAUUUUAACAGAAAAUUUAAAUGUUUAUAAUGAUUUUAUGGAUGCAGUUCGUUCAGAACACAUGUGUCUAAUGCAUUUUAAAAGUGAUAGUAAUAUUUAUAUUUUGUUUGGUAAUAAAUUGGCUUCGCAUUUCAAAGAGAAUGGGACGGUGUUUGCAGUACCCACAGAACGGAUGGAUAGACAUUUUAUAAUAGAUUUACCCAAUAAAUCCUUUAUAUUAAUGGAAAACGAAAUCGAUGUUCACCUGGUGGACAAGAAUGCCACACAAGUAACACUAGAUGAACCGCUUGUAGGAAAAACCAUUUUACCCUCGCGUGUUUUGGCCUUUGCCAGACCCAUAUUGGAAUUAUCGCACUGGUUGAAGUCUUCCUUGCAAAAGAAUUGCAAACGUAUAGAUGAUUUCUUCGUCCUAGAAACAUGUAAUGAUUUUCUAACAUUUAUUGAGGAUUGGGAAAAGCCCGAUUAUAAUUUGAUUAAUCAUAAUACGGCUGAACUAUUGGAUCUCUUGAGCAUGCGUAAAUUGGCUACUUUGAUGAAUUUUCAAAUGUUUCAGAAAUUUGUCGAUGAGACAAAACCAGGAGCACCACCCGGUCCCAUAGAGUUUGAGGAAAAAAUAACGAAUUUACGGGAAAUAGCCAGUCAAAAUUUUGUUACCAACAUCACCACUUACUACCACUAUAAUCGAGACAAUCAGACUAGUGUGGAGUUAAAGACGAAGUUUGGUCAUGUCUUCAAUUGCCAGUAUACGUCAGGUGGCGAUAAUUCACGUUACCCUUUUUUGUUCGAUGGUGAGUCGGUUAUGUUUUGGAGAAUUAAGCCAGACACCUGGGUGGCCACCGGCAUGACAGCUGCUAUUCUGGGCAUACUUUGUACUUUAGCUAUUUUAGUAUUUAUUGUAGUGCGUAUUUCUUUGGGUGAUGUUUUCGAGGGAAAUCCAGUAACAUCCAUAUUGCUUUUACUCUCUUUGCUGCUAAUGUUCACCUCCUUUAUACCCUUCUCCCUGGAGUAUGUAGGCGAACAUCGUAAUUCACAUGUAACCUUUGAAGAUGCUGCCACCUUGAAUACUCUGUGUGCGGUGAGAAUUUUCAUCUUGACUUUAGUCUACUGUUUUGUCUUCUCUCUUUUGCUGUGUCGUGCCGUAAUGUUGGCUUCCAUUGGCUCUGAGGGUGGUUUCCUAUCGCAUGUUAAUGGUUAUAUCCAAGCAGUCAUAUGUGUGUUUAGCAUUAUGGUCCAGCUAGUCAUGUCCAUUCAGCUGUUGGUUGUUAUGCACAUUGCCUCCGAUAAGGUUUCCUGUGAAAAUAUGUACUAUGGUCAUUGGCUAUUGGGUUUGUUGUCCUAUGACAUGCUGCUCCUUUUGAGUAUAAUUGCUUUGGUGCCGUUUAUCUAUCGUUCUCAGCGUAAUUAUCGUGAGGGCAUUUUGAUAGUUAUCGGUGCAGUUUUAAUGUUCAUAAUAUGGAUCGUUUUCAUUUCACUCUCCAUGUUUGGAGAUGACAUGCGUGAUGCUGCUUUACCUUUGGGUCUACAGGCUUCUGGUUGGGCUAUACUAGUGGGUAUAUUGAUACCCCGAACAUUCCUUAUAGUAAGAGGUAUUGAAAGAUCGGAUAUAGCCCAGGCCUUGCCUUCUUUAACAUCACUGGCGUUUGCGCAAAAUAAUCAAUACUCAUCGGAGCAGAGUGUCUAUGAAUGUGUCAAUCCUGCCAUGCGCAACAUUACCCAGGACGAACAUCACAAUCAAACACCCAGCGAAAUACCCACUCUGCCUAUACGUGGCAAUGGUCCCCGUCGUCAACAGUUCUUUGCCAAUUUACGUCAAGCAAAUGCUCACAUUGGUCCUAAUAGACAAGGUACUACACGUGUACAACGUGGCUCUCCCAACCAAUCCGAACAAUCUUCUCUUGAAGAUGAUGAAGACACUCCCGAAAGCAGUAAAAUUACUAGAUUUUAAAAAGAAUCUUUCUACAAAAAUCUCAUGCUUCCCCUCCAGUAAACUAUUGCUCUAAACGAAAUGGACCAAAUGACUACAUUCUAGAGUUUUUUUAUGAAUCUUUAUAAUCCUUAAUAUCUAAGUCUAAAAAUAAAGUUUAAAAAAAGACUCACCCCCCUGAAGAUCCAUUGUAACAUCAUUAGUUUUAAGUUUGAAUGUAUUUCAAAAUCAUUUCAAUUUCAUAAAUAAUUUCAAAUUAUUAUUUUUUCUGUGUAUGUUAAGAUUUUAGAUUAUUUUGAAACAUUUCUAGUCAAAACCAAUACCUUAAUGAAUCUUUUUAAAGGAUUUCUAAAAAUGGAAGUGUAAUAUUAGGUUUUCAAAAUAAUAUUUAACAAUAAUAUUUAUUAAAUAAAAUUUAAAAUAUUUAUA